CACCUGCAGCAGACGGAGCUAAACUCCUUCCUGUGGACGAUUCGGCGCGAGCCCCCGGCCUACCUGUUUGGCACCAUCCACGUGCCGUACACCCGCGUGUGGGACUUCAUCCCGGACAACUCCAAGGCAGCCUUCCAGGCCAGCGCCCGUGUCUACUUCGAGCUGGACCUGACAGACCCCUACACCGUCUCGGCGCUGGCCAGCUGCCAGCUUCUCCCGCACGGCGAGAACCUGCAGGACGUGCUGCCGCAGGACCUCUACUGGCGCCUGAAGCGCCACCUGGACUACGUGAAGCUGAUGAUGCCCUCGUGGAUGACGCCCGCGCAGCGGGGCAAGGGGCUCUACGCCGACUACCUGUUUAAUGCCAUCGCGGGCAACUGGGAGCGCAAGAGGCCCGUGUGGGUGAUGCUCAUGGUGAACUCGCUGACGGAGACGGACGUGCGCUCCCGAGGCGUGCCUGUGCUGGAUCUCUACCUGGCCCAGCAGGCCGAGAAGAUGAAGAAGAGCACCGGGGCCGUGGAGCGGGUGGAGGAGCAGUGCCACCCACUUAAUGGGCUCAACUUCUCCCAGGUGCUGUUUGCCCUGAACCAGACUCUGCUGCAACAUGAGAGCGUGCGGGCAGGGAGCCUGCAGGCGCCCUACACCACGGAGGACCUCAUCAAGCACUACAACUGCGGGGAUCUCAACGCUGUCAUCUUCAACCAUGACACGUCCCAGCUGCCCAGCUUCAUCAACACCACGCUCCCGCCGCACGAGCAGGUGACAGCGCAGGAGAUCGACAGCUACUUCCGCCACGAGCUCAUCUACAAGAGGAAUGAGCGGAUGGGGAAGAGGGUCAUGGCGCUUCUGCAGGAGAAUGAAGACAAGAUCUGCUUCUUUGCCUUCGGAGCAGGUCAUUUCCUGGGAAACAACACGGUCAUCGACGUCCUUCGGCAAGCAGGGCUGGAGGUGUUGCACACACCUGCGGGGCAGACCAUCCGCAGCCCUGCCGCCCGGAGCCCUGCGCCCCCCGCCGAGGGGACCUCGGCGAGCCCGGCCCCAGCCACCCCUGCCGCCGCCGCCGCCGUCCCCGCAGCACCCUCGGCCGCCCCCACCGCGCCGCCUGAGGAGGAGGACCCGGCCCUGUCCCCACACCUCCUGCUCCCCGACAGCCUCAGCCAGCUGGAGGAGUUUGGGCGGCAGAAGAAGUGGCACAAGAGGCAGAACAAGCAGCAGCGGCCACGGCAGUUCAAUGACCUGUGGGUCCGCCUCGAGGACAGCACGGCCGCCUCACCGCCCCCGCCGCCCCUGCAGCCUACGCACAGCUCCGGGACAGCAGGGCCCCCCUUGCAGCCCUCAGAGCGGCUUCAGCAGCGGGAAGAGCCUGGCCCCACCAGCAGCUCUGCGCCCUGUCGCCCACAGCCCACCCUGGGCCUCCUCCCCGCCAUCCUGGCCAGUGUUGCCGCCCCCCUCCUGCAGCAUGCCCUUGGGCCCUCCUGA